AUGGGAAAAAGUGAUAACAAGUUGACGCAAGGAUAUUUGGAAUUACUAGGCCCCUGGAAGAAGCAGCCAUUUUGGUGGCUGUGGGCUCCUGGUGCUGGUGCGGGUGUCGGUGGGGCAAGGGCGGUCAGCCGAUUGCAACCGAGGCAGGACCCAUGCCCCCACCGGCAUGGUGCGGACGAAGGCGACGGGAGAUCGCUGCCGAAACUCACUGGCCCAGACGAGGAAGGGCCAAACCCUCACACCCAAUACACAGGCGUCUCACAGUUCGAGCCAAUACCACACGAUCAUGACUUCUGUGAAAGGGUCGUCAUCAACGUGAGCGGGUUACGGUUUGAGACACAGCUGCGUACGCUGAACCAGUUUCCGGACACGCUGCUUGGCGAUCCGGCAAGACGGAUACGUUACUUUGAUCCGUUACGCAACGAAUACUUCUUCGAUAGGAAUCGGCCCUCAUUCGAUGCAAUUCUGUAUUACUAUCAGAGUGGUGGACGUCUGCGACGACCAGUUAAUGUUCCCCUCGAUGUAUUCUCCGAAGAGAUCAAGUUUUACGAGCUGGGCGAAUUGGCAACCAACAAAUUCAGGGAGGACGAGGGAUUUAUCAAAGAGGAGGAGAAGCCACUGCCGUCGCACGAGCUUCAGCGAAAAGUUUGGUUACUAUUUGAGUAUCCGGAGAGCUCACAAGGGGCAAGAGUCGUUGCUAUUAUCUCCGUAUUCGUGAUCCUAUUAUCAAUCGUAAUAUUCUGUCUCGAAACACUACCCGAGUUUAAGCAUUAUAAAAUAUUCAACACUACGACUAACGGCACAAAAAUUGAAGAGGACGAAGUGCCGGAUAUUACGGAUCCGUUCUUCCUAAUAGAGACUAUUUGUAUCAUCUGGUUCACGUUUGAGUUAUCGGUGCGCUUCCUCGCCUGCCCAAAUAAACUUAAUUUCUUCCGUGACCUUAUGAAUGUCAUCGACAUCAUCGCGAUCAUUCCUUAUUUCAUCACACUUGGCACGGUUAUUGCCGGAAAGGAGCAUGAGAUGAAUUUGCCAAAGGCACCAGUCAGUCCACAGGACAAAAGCACCAAUCAGGCAAUGUCCCUUGCGAUACUUAGGGUCAUAAGGCUUGUGAGGGUAUUUCGAAUAUUUAAGUUGUCGAGGCACAGUAAAGGCCUUCAGAUACUUGGUCGAACGCUGAAGGCCUCCAUGCGUGAGCUCGGUCUCCUCAUCUUUUUCCUCUUCAUCGGUGUGGUGCUAUUCUCCUCGGCAGUAUACUUCGCGGAGGCCGGCUCCGAGAAUUCGUUCUUCAAGUCCAUUCCGGACGCGUUCUGGUGGGCCGUUGUCACGAUGACUACCGUGGGCUAUGGUGACAUGACGCCUGUCGGUGUCUGGGGGAAAAUCGUUGGAUCACUUUGCGCGAUUGCUGGUGUGCUGACGAUUGCCUUGCCAGUGCCAGUUAUCGUCUCAAAUUUCAAUUACUUCUAUCACCGUGAGACUGACCAGGAAGAGAUGCAGUCACAGAACUUCAAUCAUGUGACCAGCUGUCCGUAUCUCCCUGGCACAAUAGGUCAACACAAAAAGAGCUCGAUGUCGGAGUCGUCGUCAAUAAUUGAGCUUGAGGAUGGUAUUUUGUUAACCCAGCAGGAUGUUGCUAAAAAGCCAAACUGCAAUAAUCCCCGUUACAAUAACAACAUUGCAAGCAUUGAGACUGACGUCUGACUACUAGUGAAGGAGACGGUGGCAGUGUGGCGGCCAUUGAAGAAACACAUAAUGAAGAGCAUCAGCUCCCUCCGGUACCUGACAUAAGGUUCGUCCCAAUGGCACUGCGAGAGUGACUACGACGAUAAAGAUAAUAAGAACCAGAACCACACGUCCAGCAUUAACAAACACACAAAUGAUCACAUAAACAUAGCCAGUUUGUGUUACAACAAAACGUCGUGGUACAAUCUUCAGCCUUCGAAUGCAGCUCGAUGUUAUCUUGCAUUUGCCGGAAGCAAUUCGUAGACGCCAUUUUGCACGCCGAAUUGUGCAUAAUCGAGAGACAUUGAGGGACCGAUAAACGAUGAUUAACAUACUUUUGGUACCAAAAAUGCAAUCAAUUCAACGUAGGGAACGAAACUAAAGAACAAAUGAGGAAUAAUCCGUGUGGAUACACAUUGUUAUACAGUGUGCAACAAGCAUGCCAAUUGCUGUUUUCUCGCCCCACCACCACCGACUCCAGUGUUCAAAAUAUCUAAUCUCCGUUAGCGCCGUAAAAAAACAAAUUUCCCAUGGACGAAUUAAAGAGUUCAGGACUGAGAGAAGUGCGAGGAGAAAAUGAGGAGAAGACGAUGGAUGAAGUAAUGAGGAAAUGACGUGUAAAGAAGCCACGAUGAGAAGAGUGAGGGAAAUCUAGAGGAAUUAUUUAAUAAUAAGGUCAAUAAAAGAGUGGAAAAGAGGGGGAAACAGGGGGCAGGUGGGAGCCCCGGCGGGCCGCGAGGAUCAUACAAGAUAAUACUCAUUAUUAUAAUUAAUAAUUAAUGAAAAAAAAACAAACAAAACGAUUAUAUAAGGACGAAAUAAAAAAUGUUUUACGAAACGAUAUUAAACAAAACCAAAAAGACUACAGACGCAAGGAAGGCGGCGCCUUGCAGCGGUGAAGAAGAAAGAAAUAUAUAAAAUUAUAAGAAUACUAAAGAAGAUUAAAAUUAAAUGAAAAAAUUUUUUUAUCGGUCGUUUUUACGAGAAAAAAAUAUAGACGCUUCGGCGCGUCUUAAAUGUCGCAUUAAGUCCUGCAUAUAUAUAAAUAUACGUGAAAAAGGGUAUAUUCAUAUAUAUAUCUAUGUAUAAUUUAUUGGAUGUGCGUGUAUGUAUGUUUUGUUCAAUUUAAAAGAAAGAAUAAUCCAGAUGAUACUGAGGUGGGGUACAUGCGCGCACAACCAUGGACAGUGGGGCCGCGGCUCGAGGAUGGUACCGUGGUAAUACAUAUAAGAAUUUAUUAAAAAAUGGAAAUAGGAAGUUGACGAAAAAAAAUCACAAAUCGAUGUAAAAAUACUUAAAAAAACAUGUGAAGAGGUCUUGUCGUUACAUUUAUUUUGUCAUUUUUUUUUUUUCAUCGAGAGCACCCGAACUCAUUCCCGCGGGCGUCGCCGUACGUUGCACCAAGGGUGGAAGCUUUAAACAAAAUAUCUUCGAGUUAUCUGAUUACGUGACGAUUGGUUCGUGGGAGCAGGAAGAGCACUCCGUAGGACUAAAGUACAAGGGUGAAAACGUCGGGUUAGGAGCGAUGAUACUGACG